AUGAUUGACGGCGGUGAACGAGAAAUUUGCGGGGUUAGCAAAGAUAACAAUCUGUUUUGUCGGCCUGUCGAUGGAAGCAAAAAUUGGCGACACAUAUCUGCUGGUUUCACACACGUGACUGCGUCUGGUCCCUACGAUAUCUUUGCCAUAAGCACCGGCAACAAGCUCUACCGUUGCCUCAAGCCGUGCAUUGGACAGUGGAUCGAGGUUGGCCACGAUCAUAUCAACAGCAUUGCUCAGUGCGACGCCACAGCCAACGCUCUGUUUGGAAUCGAUGCUGGCCAGUCAAUAUGGAGGAAAGUACUGGCCAUCUGUGAAACUGAACACAUCGACACGGCCUAUUGCAGCCGGAGUCGUUAG